UGUAAAAAUUCGUCUGCUAAUUUGUAAGUGUGUUGGGUUGGAUAGAAAAAAAUAUCUAAAUUUUAGGAGGAAAAACGAUAAAAUAUAUCAGUGAAUAUUUAUUAAUAAGAAAAGGGGGAAAUAAUUCUACAAUUAUUUGUAAAAAAUGUCGUUUAUUCAAAGUUUCUUCGAGAGAAUUAUACCAGUAGUUAAGGCUGACGAUGGAGAUGAUGAACUCGUUGAUCCUCAGAAGGUUCUUCGUGAAACUUGUGGUCAACAAAAAAAAUGCAUUGAACUGCAAAAUCGAUUGAAUACAUGUAACGAUCGAGUGAAUUCACGUAAAAACACUGAGGAAACUUGUUUGGAGGAAAUAGUUGAUUUAGUCCAAUGUGUUGAUCAUUGCGUUGCAAAAACACUAUUUAGUAAAUUAAAAUAAUUCUCUAAAAAUUUCUCCAUUAAUUCACACUCGCAUGUAAACCAUAUUAGUUUAAAGCUACGAAAAAAAAGUCAAUGUUUUAAAUAUAUUACAGUUAAAUAAAAAUAAAAGUAAAUA